AUGACCAACUCGCACGGAUACGUGCUCGAGUAUCCUCGUAUUCGAGUCGACCACUUUGAUCAGGCGCCCGUGCCACUUCCCACAUCCCUACUCGCCCACCGCCGCUCCGUAGUCGGCCAUGGCGCCGUCCAGUCUCGACAACACAGCGAGAGUCUGCCCUUUGAGCCCGCACAGACUCACUUCGACAAACCGCUGCUCUAUCUCCUGACCCACAUACACACGGAUCACCUCAAAGGACUCGACAGACCCGGCAUCACCGCACCCAUCUACUGUAGUGCGACCACGAAACAGCUGCUGCUCCGAUAUGAACGCCAAAAGACCAGGAUCGAAAAGGACCGCGAUGCGCAGGCUGGCAAGAGCCUCAGCGUGGUUCGACCCUAUGCCCACCUUCGCGUGACGACAGAUCACGCUGCUGCCAGGUCCAAGCUUUCUGGAUACCACGCUAGCAGCGUUGAUCUGCUGCAUCCUCUCCCAUACAAUGUGCCCACCAAGGUCCCUUACACACCAACUUCCACAGUGACGGUCACCUUGAUCGAGAGCAACCACAUGUUCGGCGGCACCAUGUUCUUGAUACAAGGAUCAAAUGGCGCAGUGUUGCACACCGGAGACAUGCGGGCAGAGCCUUGGUGGUGCGAAGCCCUCACCCGCAAUCCACUGCUCUCUCCAUACCUCUUCUGGCCAACCGCAGGCGCCGAAGUGGGCUCCAACGACCACCCAACGACGGAGCAGUGGGCCGAGCAGAUCGAAUCUUUCGAUAGCUCCACUACCUCGUCUCACCAAGGCAGCGAAAGCUUCUCGCAGUCUCAGAACGAGUCGCAGACUGGUUUUGGCACCCGGAAUUACCCUGGCAACGCAUCGGCUCCCAAUACUUCGACUCGUGGAGCACGCAGGUCUGCAUUACGCCUGCGAAACAUCUACAUCGACACCGAGCUCCUGCUGUGCAACCAACACGUGCCUACGAAGCAACAAGCCUGCCUCGACAUGGUCACGCUCAUGCGCAUGUAUCCCGACAACACACACUUCUUUCUCAACUGCUGGACAUGGGGUUACGAAGACAUGCUGGUGGUCACCGCCAAAGCCUUUGGCUGCAAGAUCCACGUCGACCGCUUCAAGUACCUCAUGUACAAAGCUGCCCGCAGCGAAGCGCCCUUCCUCGCCGACAUCGUCACGCAGGAUCAUACCAAGACCCGCUUCCAUGCCUGCGAGAAGCGCGAACCCUGCGUCUCGGUCAAAUCACUCGCCUCUCGCUACGCCAACGACACAAGUGCUGCCUUGGCCAAACAAGUCGUGGCUGCACAUUCGCAGAUGGACAGUAGCAGCCCCGAUCCGCGGCAAAGGUGGGGACCAGUGCGCUCGCAGCCGGAGCCCCUGUUUGUCUAUGUAAAUCCGGGUCAGGUGAGCGCAGAACAGUGGCAGAGCAUGUUCGAGGACACAAAGCAGAGGCUUCAAGCUGCGCAAAGGCACGAGACGGCAUGGCCCGAGGCACUGAUCGUGCCAAUCGAACGCCACUCGACUCUGCCCGAACUGCAAAACUUCGUCGGACUCUUUCGGCCCAAGACCGUCUCGCCCAACACGAUUCUCGAUCCGAAGGGCGGCCUCGACUACUAUCUGCUCCACCACCUCUUUGGCCACGUGCUUGGCGGCGCACAUGACCGCCAGCAGCUCGCUGACCAGGGCCUGCUCAUGCUUGGCGACAAGACAUGGAGCUUCUACGAGGCGCAGCUUGCUCGGGCGAGAGAAGAGGCUCUGGCUCAACGUAACGCUGGCGCCGACUCGACAGAGGCCGUUCGGGCAGCGAGUGCCAGUCUGAGGGAUGGCGUCGGCGAGAGCCUCGACGCAAACGAGCUCGAAAGGCUAUCUAGACUGCGAGGAAUCAGUUUGAAGGGGUUGAUGAUGCAGAACAUGGCGGGCAACCUCGCUGCCAUGCUCGAGAUCGAGCGCUGGCGUAAAGCGGCGGGGAUCCACGAGCCACCAGACGAGCUCGAGAGCGUGCUUCAACAAUCUUCGGGCGACGUCGCUGAUGGGACCGACGCCAGCUGGUCGACUAGGGGCUACGAUGCGGAUCACAGCCAGCUUGCUGAGACGCAGGCAAUUCCGACAAACGUAUCGCUACGUCUGCACAAGGAGGCGGUUGGAACCCGCCAGAAUCAGCCGGGAUCCGCACCUGAGCCAGGCUCGAUACACAGUGAGCCGAUUGACUCGGCACGGGAUGUGGACAGGCAUUCUCACAUCCCUCCCGUUGCCCAUCUUGGCGAAGCGAGUGUCCCGGCCCACCACGCUGAUGCGAUGGGUGCAUCUGCCAACGCCCCAUUGGAGUCUCAAGUGUCGCAAAGCUCGGUCGGCGAGCCCGUGACUGAGCUCACUGAGGACCUGGCAAGUCGGUACCUCAACGUGCUCAUCCACCACUUCAAUGUGCCGUUUGACCGCUCCAUCCCUGCCAACGCCACGCACAUUGAGCUGUGGGGCUUGGUGCGCACCAAGCUGCCAGCCGACGCGCAAAAGGUCGAGGAGCACUGGUUUCGCGAGACGGGAGUCCUGCCUCCGCUGUGGAGCCCCGACGUCCACGCCCAAAGCCAGCAGCUGCAGCCGACUGCACAAAGAGGUCGAGGUGCGACAACUGAAGCACAGAGCACCGACGAAGGCAACGCAUUUGCGGACCUGCUCGCGUCGUUCGUCGACAUGCUCGCCGCGGCAUCUACCCCGGGAACCCCGGCAGGACCGACGCAUGGCGACCGCGCGGCUGCGCUGCAACUCACCUUGCGGCUCUUUGCCAAGCUUGGAUUCCACGACCGUGUGCUGGCCGAGUCGUACGAGUCGUCACACCGCCACACGCAGGCUCACAGCCACACGAGCUGUGCUGCCGGCAGCAUGCAAGCAUGGCAAGCGAUCGCUGUGCCACUCACCGACCUUGCCCACCAGCUCGCCGACGGCCUUCAAGUCGUCCCUGCGCUUAUUUCAGAUGGGAGCUGCGGUCGAAGAGGAGAAACACAUCUGCUGGGACUUCAGGUGGCCGGCGUGCUGCUGUCGUACCGGCCGCUCAACGCAGUCGUGUCAACGCCGGCCAUGCAGGCACUGCUCGAAUCGGUCAUUUGCAUCGUCGAGGCGGUGCCGAGCGAUUUGGACGGAGCAGAGGCGGACGCCAAGAAGAUCAUUGCGCUCGCAUAUGGCGUGCUGCGAGCAGAGAAGCUCGACGAGCGCGUCCUGGCCCAGUACGAUGCCAGACUGGUGCAGCUCGCCAGGGAUCCUGAUGGGCCGUUGAGGAGGCUCGAUGGUCUGCUGGAUGCCCAGAGCGGCGCAUCUGCUACGCAGUCGUCGAACCAGCGCACUGGGGGACGUCAAGGCGAGCAGAUGAGUCUGGACGUAGAGGAAAGCAUGCCUGUGCGUGUGCCGCGAGCAGCAGCUGCACCCUCAGAGCCAGCACCGCCAAAGCCGGUAUCGAUGCAGCGCUCGCAAGAGGCAGUGGGGGCUGCGAACUCGAUUGUAGAAGCGGCGUCCGAGGACCCGAUCGAGUCGGCCGAGUCUCACCGCCUGCACGCAUCGCAGGCAUCCGAGUCGGCAACGCAGGAGGAAGAUUCCACCCAGUCCGAGUCGGCACUCUCCUACAACCCCGUCCGAAAGCUCGUGCCGCUCCGCUUCAUCGACCGCACUGCAUCGCUCCCCAGUCUCCACAUUCAGGCCGAUCCCACGCGCUCCACGCGCAAGCGCAAACCAGCGUAUCCCAAUCCAGACGUCCUCCAACCCGGUCGCUACCACCGCUAG